AUGCCGUUGCGCGACAUACUCCAGAAGAAAGACAAGCUCAGAGGUACCGAUAGCCAAUAUGCAACUGAGACUGCCUCAGCCUCAGUGAACCCAGUGCCUGACAUCACCUUUAUUCGAUCUGACACAUCCACACAUGAGGUCGUUCAACCUCCCAUUUACGAUGGGGACCAACGCUAUCCCAAUCACCUUGAUCCACCGCAAUCGGGUUCAUCGUCGCAUCGGCGCUCGUUGAAUCCUUUUCGUCGGUCCAGGUCUCCACCUGAAUCCCAAGGACCUCAGCCCCCGUCUUCUGCGCGCGGAGAACGCCGACUGUCGCAGUUACUCCAUCGUGAUCGGCGACGUUCAAACUCGACCUCCGCCAACGUUCCCGCAGAUCUUCCGCAGAUUUCAAGUGACAAGGGCAGUGAACAGGACAGGGAGGCACAAUGGGAGAAAAGAGCGACUAUGCUGGUGCAGCAGAAUCGGCAGUUUACCUCCUCACCUUUGUCUCCGCGCUCAACAUCGGGGUUCGGUCCGGAUAGUGUCGGAUCGCGAUCAAGGAGUUCGAGCCAUAGUGGGAUUUUGGACCAGGAAGGAGAUCUCAAUAUCCAAGAAGCGAUCCGGCUUCAUGAGGCAGGAGAACUAGAAAAGUCAACAGAUAUGUUCCGCCGCUUGGCAGAACCUAGUGGUGCUAACAACGCACUCAGCCAGGUGCUUUACGGGCUUGCGCUUAGACACGGCUGGGGUUGUACUCCAGACCCCGACAAGGCAGUGACAUACCUUUCGGCGGCGGCCUCGAACUCUGCGUUGAUAGAAUCCCAAGCCCUGCAGGCGGGCAUGAAAAAGGGCGGCGCAGCGAAAGGAGAGUUAGUCCUCGCGAUGUUCGAACUGGGCAACUGCUUUCGCAACGGUUGGGGGGUUCAGAAAGACCCGGUAGCAGCACGGCAAUACUUUGAGACGGCUGCGAAUCUAGGCGACACAGAUGCCAUGAACGAAACUGCGUGGUGCUACCUCGAGGGAUUUGGGGGCAAAAAGGACAAGGUAAGAGCGCGCUUGCGUCCUGUUUCACGUUGGACAAAAGGCGGUCUCGAUGAUAUCGUCUCGGGCAUCAACACUUGCCGGACAUGCUACCCUUUGUCAUUUCGCUAA